GCUUAAAAUCCCACAUACGCUAGGAAUUCAUAGGAAAAUUAACAAGAUUCAGUUUCGAACUCGCGACCAUCGACCACACGACAAUCACGACGACGACGUUGAACCUUUUUCCACCGGUUCAUAAUCUCAUAAAUCAGACAAUAUGGCUUCCAGUGUUCCAGGUGCCGCUAUCUCCAAGCGCAGAAAGUUCGUCGCCGAUGGUGUUUUCUACGCCGAAUUGAACGAGUUCUUCCAACGCGAGUUGGCUGAGGAGGGAUACUCCGGUGUCGAAGUCCGUGUCACCCCAACCGUCACCGACAUCAUCAUCCGCGCAACCCACACUCAAGAAGUUCUCGGAGAGCAAGGACGCCGCAUUCGCGAACUUACCUCCCUCAUCCAAAAGCGCUUCAAGUUCCCAGAGAACAGCGUUUCCCUCUACGCCGCCAAGGUCCAAAACCGUGGUCUCUCCGCCGUCGCUCAAUGCGAAUCCCUCAGAUACAAGCUCCUUAACGGUCUCGCCGUCCGCAGAGCAUGCUACGGUGUUCUCAGAUUCAUCAUGGAGUCUGGUGCUAAGGGUUGCGAGGUUGUCGUUUCUGGAAAAUUACGUGCUGCUCGUGCCAAGUCCAUGAAGUUCACUGAUGGUUUCAUGAUCCACUCCGGUCAACCAGCAAAGGACUUCAUUGACCACGCUACCCGUCACGUUCUCCUCAAGCAAGGUGUUCUCGGUAUCAAGGUCAAGAUCAUGAGAGGAUCUGACCCAGAAGGAAAGUCUGGACCAUCCAAGGGUCUCCCAGAUUCCGUCACCAUUAUCGAGCCAAAGGAGGAGCAAAGUGUGGUUCAACCUAUGAGCCAGGAUUACGGUGCGAAGGCUGCCGCUGCUCAAGCAGCUGCUGAGGCCGCUCGCUCAUCGGAACAGGCUGGUGAAGAGGCUGCUCCAGCUCCCCAAGAGGAAUAAAUUUAUGGAAUAGUAAAAUAGGAUGGGCGUUUCCUGCGAGUUCAUAGUUCACGGACUUGUAUUCACUAGCCAACGAAAUUUACGGCUUUAAAAACACUUGAAAAUAAUGUUACAUGAUACUAUUAAAUGUGAUAUCAAAUGCCACCACCUCAGCUUGCAUUCAAAAGUGAGAGUCAACUAAGCUUAUAGCGCCUCAUGAGAGCCCAUUCCUUGAUUUACCCAUGUGUAUAUCGUACAGAUAUAUGUCUUUCCCCCAACCGUCUUAUUUUGUACACAAUAGCAACCCAAACGCCUGAUCCUCAUGCAGUCGUACUUUGAAAUAUAGCCCCAGCCAGCAGACCAGUCUGCUACCAAAAUGAUAUUCUAAUGAAACCA